AUGGAACUCAACCGAGAACAUUUUCGCGCCAUAAUUUAUUACAACUUUCAGAGACAAUUAUCGCAACAAGAAUGCCUUGCUGAGUUACUGUCUGUUUUCGGCAACGAAGCGCCACAUCAGUCGACAAUUAUUACCCGUUGGUAUGGAGAAUUCAAACGUGGACGUAGCGACGAUUCCAGGUCACAUCGAUGCAAACUCAUCAUUGAAGAUAGACAUGUGACAUAUCGCGAGAUUGAGGCAAAAUUAGUUUCUCGUUGGAUACCCCACCUGUUGACUAACGAGCAGAAAGCAGCCAGGGUUAAUUGGUGUCAAAAACGCUUGACCCAUUAUUGCGAUGAAUUGUGGAUUUACUGUUAUCAACCAGAAAAUAAACGACAGUCGGCUGUUUGGGUGUUUCAAGGUGAAGAAAAGCGAACAAAAGUCAUCCGUUCUCGAAGUGUUUCGAAAACGGGUCAUAUUGCAACAAUUCCUCUUAAUGAGCAAAUAACUGUUACUGCGGAUUGGUAUACCACCAUUUGUUUGCCAAAAGUCAUCACCCAGCUUCGAAAAAUCAACCCCGAAAGAAGAAUCAUCCUCCACCAAGACAAUGCAAGCUCGCACACAGCCCAAAGAACAAGGCAGUAUUUAACGGAAGAAAACGUGGAAUUAUUGGACCAUCCUCCAUAUAGUCCCGAUCUAAGUCCUAACGAUUUGUUUACUUUCCCGAAAAUUAAAAACAGACUGCGUGGUCAAAGGUUCCAGUCACCAGAAGACGCAUUCAAAAAUGCCGAGGAAAUUGUUAUCUGGAGGAGAGAAUACCUUAGAAAAAAUAGGCAAUUCCGCGCUGAAGGAAGAAAAAUUUAUUAUUUAGACGAAACAUGGGUGAACGCGGGGCAUACGCAGGGAAAGGUUUGGGCUUUUUUAGAUGGCCUUUCGACGGGAUUGAAAAAUCCUGCAGGUAGCGUAGAUGGAUUUGUUCCUGAAGCAUUGUGGGCAUUUGAAUCCAAAAAAACUGGAGACUAUCACGAAGAAAUGGAUGGUAACUCAUUUGAAAAUUGGUUCAAAAAAAUUUUGCCGACACUUGAUGAUAACGCAAUUAUUGUGAUGGAUAAUGCCCCGUACCACUCCAGAAAAUUGGAAAAAAUUCCAACAAUGGCCACCAAAAAGGCAGACAUUCAACAGGGGCUUAAGGUUGAAACCAAAAUGUGGGAUAUGGACAAUAUCAUUGACACCCAAGUUGAACCCCUUAUAAUUGACAUCAACAAUUCUGAUGAUUCAAGCUCCUCGGAAUACAGCUUAUAA